UGCUGUUGUCCGCAUCUGCAUCAAAGAAGUUGUACAUUACUACAUAUACCGCUAGGAAACCCAUCCAUCCCACUCCGAGAGACCCUCGUAACACGCUAUGGAAUGCCCAAUUCUUGUAUGGAUGCUCUCAAUAAACCGCGAUGUCACCACCGACGAAUACGAAAAAUGCUAUGAGCUCGUCAAGAAAUGCGUUCCGCACGCCACGAUAACCAAAGACAUUACCUCUAUCGAAUCUUUCCGCCAGAUCAUAUGUGAAAUGCUCCCUCUUCUGAUGAUGCGCCACCGACGGAUAUCGAGGACGAAGUGGAAAGAUUAUGUGACGUCAAGUGGGAAACAUUGGAUCGAGCAGUCAUCAGAUGAUAUGCCUCCGGAAAAGUUUCUGCAGUCUAUGAUUGGCUACCACCUCGCUUACGAUAACUCGUUAUGCGGAAUGGUCAUGACGCAAGGUCGCCAACGACAAGUCAUCAACGUCGGGCUCGGCAUUAAACAGCUCUGCGUCGAGCCUAGAGGAGUACCCGUAUCAGCCUACGCUGAAUCAUUUGCUCACAAACUCACACCAUUGGAACAGUCAUUCAUUGCGCCCGAGCUGGGAGACGAAGUAGUCCUUCGUCGUUUAUGUAUCCUCCUUUCCCUCAAAGCCGCCUACAUCAAGGCAGUCGGACAGAAUAGAGGAUUCGACUGGUCCCGUCUCGAGUUCAACAUCCCCAAUGAAACCGCUCGCGGCGACGAUCACCCCCUCCAAGGCUGGGAAUUCCGAGUCUUCAAAGCUCAAUUGGGAGUGCACCGGAACGGAACUGUCAUCGAAGAAUCUUAUCAGUGCGCUUGCGCGUUCUUCCGUGGAACGAAGGAAUCCAAGUUUAUAUGGCACGAUAACGCGAAGGAUCUGGAAGCUUGGGUCCAGUUCAUCAAUGUUGACCAGAUGAUCAAGGUUAUCCCCAAGUUGUUGGCGUAAUAGAGUGGGUUGCAAAGUCGGAGUCCGCUUUGCUGUGUUUUCAGUUCAUGCUUCCAUCCACUUUACCAUUUGUUAUAUCUAUUGGUCGAUGCUAUCGCGUGCUAUUUUGCUCCGAGUUCUCGUCAUCAAGCCCAUGUGCUAUUACCUUUCCCCAGGAGAUAUAUGUGUUCUUUCCUUAUGAUUCCUAGCUGAUACCUACCUGGAACAUUGUAUAAAUGCAUAC